AUGCAGUUAUUAUCAAACAUUAUAAAUCAAAAAAAAAUCAAUAUAAAUAAAACUAUAAGAGAAUUAGAGAUCACUUUAGAAACUGAGUUUAUUGAAUCUAUUCAGCAAAAUUUCAAUCAGAUCAAUAAAUGUCCUGAAGGCUUUGAUGGAUAUAGGACUAUAACAAAAUAUGAAACUACCUUGCAUGAUAGAAUUAAUAGAAUAAUUGGUAAGAAAUCUCAAAUUUUAGAUUCUCAAUGUUUAAGUAAGAUAGAAAAUAAAGAAACUGAAAUAGAAAUCUUAUUUAACAAUGUACAAUUUACAAAAAAAGAAAUUAACAACCAUAUUAAUGAGCUUGUAUUAUAUUUUCAUUCUGAUAAAACUGCAAAUCCUAAUUCUUCAAAGUGGCUUAAAGAUAAACUAGAAUUGUUAGCAAAAGAAGAAGUAGAAAAACUUACCCAAAAAGAGUUAAAAGAAUUACAUGCUGUGAUGGCAGAAUGUGCCUAUAGGCAAUAUAAUGCAGCUUGUAAAAUUGCAGAUAAAGCUAAAAGACUAUAUAAACAAGUAAAGUUACAAGAAAAUAUAGCAUUAUGCUUGCCAUCAUACUUUUCAUUUUUUGCAGGAUUCAGAUUUGAAAAUAGAAUACUUAGUACAAUUAUAGCACUAGAAGCUGGAUAUUUGAUAGAUGUUGCUGAAAAGAAAGGUUUAGAAAUAUUGCCAAUGAAUAUGAAUAUGCCAGAAGAUUAUAAAAAAUUCAAUAAAGAUAAUUCUGAAAAUGCUGUUUCUAUUUUUAGAAGUAUAAAUAUUGAGCUUGAUGAAAUUAUCGAAAAACUUUUAAAUUUUAAGGAAUAUGAAGAUAAUGCUCGAAAAAUGCCAUUUCAAGCAAGACUGAAAGAAGAAGAAUUUUCUGAAGAAGAAACCCAAUUAAAAGAAGAAUCAUCUCAAAAUGUAUAUAAAGAACUAUGUGAAGAUGAACAGCUGGCUGAAAAAGAGGUUAAUAGUUUAAAUAGUUUAGUUUAUUGGCAAAAAGCACUAAAAAAAUAUGAGCAUAUGCUUGAAAAAAAUUCUAAAUAG